CUUCCCCUUCACAGUGGCAUUGGGUGCCAUGGCUGGCCUGAGGCUUCGGGGGCUGGCAUCCUCCAGACUUUACCAACGCCGGCAGGAUCGGCUGAGUGGCACAGGGUCGCUCCUGAGCAACAGGACAGAGUCAGCAGCUGGCGUGCCUGGUAACAUGUCUGAUGCUCUGGCCAAUGCAGUGUGUGAGCGCUGCCAGACUCGAUUUGAUCCUGCAGAGAGGAUUGUCAACAGCAAUGGGGAGCUCUAUCAUGAAAACUGCUUUGUGUGUGCUCAGUGUUUUCGGCAGUUCCCAGAUGGACUGUUUUAUGAGUUUGAAGGUCGGAAGUACUGUGAACAUGACUUCCAGAUGCUGUUUGCUCCCUGCUGUGGGGAAUGUGGUGAGUUCAUUAUUGGCCGUGUUAUCAAGGCAAUGAACAACAACUGGCACCCAGAAUGCUUCCGCUGUGAGCUCUGUGACAUAGCACUUGCUGACCUGGGCUUUGUGAAGAAUGCUGGCAGGCAUCUGUGCAGGCCGUGCCAUAACCGUGAAAAAGCGAAGGGGCUGGGCAAGUACAUCUGUCAGAAGUGCCACUUGGUAAUUGAUGAGCAGCCUCUCAUGUUUAGGAAUGAUUCCUACCAUCCGGAUCACUUCAACUGCACCCACUGUGGGAAGGAGCUGACGGCUGAGGCGCGGGAGCUGAAGGGAGAGCUGUACUGCCUGCCCUGCCACGACAAGAUGGGAAUCCCCAUCUGUGGAGCCUGCCGCAGGCCCAUCGAGGGCCGAGUGGUCAAUGCUCUGGGGAAGCAGUGGCACGUUGAGCAUUUUGUUUGUGCCAAAUGUGAGAAGCCGUUCUUGGGGCACCGACACUAUGAGAAAAAAGGACUGGCUUACUGUGAGACUCACUAUAACCAGCUCUUUGGAGAUGUCUGCUACAACUGCAGCCGCGUGAUAGAGGGAGAUGUGGUAUCAGCUCUCAACAAGGCCUGGUGUGUGAAUUGCUUCUCCUGCUCCACCUGCAACAUCAAGCUUACACUGAAGAAUAAGUUUGUGGAGUUUGACAUGAAGCCUGUGUGCAAGAAGUGCUAUGAGAAAUUCCCUCUGGAGCUGAAGAAACGCCUGAAGAAGUUGUCAGAGCUGGCAUCUAAGAAGGCACAUCCCAAAGCUCUGGAUUUAAACUCUGCUUAAACAGGUCUGUCAGCCUGCUGACUGCACUCACAGUCAUAAGCUGGUGCUCACAGCAGCUGUAGAUUUCAGAGGCAAUUAUUAAGAACAAGUGAUACCAAAGAUAAGUAACACCCUCCCUUGCUUCUGGUGAUCUACCUUGCAUCUUGAGUAUCCCUUUGUUUCCCUAGCAAUUCUCUAUUAACAUUGGCAGAAAGAGGAGUAUGAUUUCUGCUUCAGCAGUUCACAGGCUGGUUAUUAAUUUGCUAAUAACAACUUAUUCUGCCUUUCCUUUUUCAAUUAAACUGUAUUUCUCUCUCCAUUCCUCUCUAGCCCAAGGACUCUGGAAGCAGUGGUUGAGUGCAGUGCAGGAGGGAAUGAGCCAUUUGCUCAUUUUCAGAUAAGGUAUAAAAAUUUAUCUUCUUAACCUGGGCAAAGACAUUUUUUAAUGUGUAGGCAAGUAUUCUGAAAGCUGUCAGUCUUUGCUACGUGUGAAAUGGUCUGGUCAUUCUCCGGGUUCCUACUGAGCACAGAUAUGCUGUAGAGUCCUGGUUUGCAGGUUUACUGGGAGGGCCCAGGAAACAAUAGUUAGGGCACCUGCACUGCUUGCUUGUCUAGCCUAGGUCUCAUGUUAAAACAUCUGAAGAAGUUUGGUUUUGCUGCCUUCCCUGUUCAAUACUAAGAUUUCAAUUAUCAAAGCCAUGCCAGCCUCUUCAGGGUAGUUGGGCUCUUCUUAAGCCAGAGGUGGCUGUGGGAAAUGAAAGAUGUUGUUAAAGCCAACACUCUAAUUUUCUCAGCUUGUUCUGUGCUACUGUGUGGGCACUGGAGCUUCUAGUGGCCAGCACAGGAUGGCCCACCUACUGGCACAGCUGGCUUUCUUGAGGCAAUGUGGCUAGAGCCUUGGUGGUUAUUUUGCAUGAUGAAAUCGAGCUGAUAAUAUGGUCUCAGUGUAAGUUUUUCAGUUUCCCCAUCCUUCUCACUUCAUUUGAGAGAUGGGUAUAGGCCUGUUGAUCACACUUCAGAAAGCCCAAUUUUUAGGGGCUUCUAGUAUUUACAGUUUGUACCAAAUGUGAUCUUAUGCAGGGAAAAAAAAACAGGUUUUUUUCCUUAAAAUUCUCACUAAAAUAAGACUUUCCCAUCACUUUUCUUCUUCAGUCCUGAAUGCACUUAGAGAGGACCUUAGACAUGAAUCUGUACCUCUUAAGCAUAUACUUGUGCUCUGUAGUUUUGCCUGUCACUGGGAAAGUUUCAGUGGUCCUCCUGUCUCUGCUAAUGCAACCCAAGGUGCUGAGAAAUUUACUGGUUUUGAACAUUCCUGAUAGCUUUUUUUGGUUGAGCCAUUAGCAGUGCUGUUCCUGACUCCACCUGCCUGUUGUGUAAUCGUGAUGAGCUCCUGAGACCUCACGGUUUCUUGUGCUGAUCUGAGCUGAGCAGCCUGAAAAUCUCUUUCCAUGAAUAGUUGGACACUCUGCCUGCUCUUUUGCAAGGUGGUCAGGGUGAAAGGCAGUGGAGGACUGCUGUCCCUUGCACGACUCAAAUCUUCCCAAAGGUUACCAGUUUAAUUAGUCAAAUGACCACAGCAGUUGGGCCUAGGCACCACUUUGCAGCCCCAGGUGAAUUAGCUAGCAAGGAGUUAAAGCUUUCUCACUUGUAUGUGUGAGCAGCAACUGGAUUGGGGCAGUAACCUGACUUAAAAUUGGUCCUCAGUGCCGUACCCUCUGCUCAGAACAGAUCUAAACAAGAUAACAGCUAAAGCAUGGAUAGCUGUUAACACAUUUGCUGUAGCCACUACCCAGGAAACUGCAGCAGUGGUAUCACAGCAGUGGUGGGAAUUCCUAGUUAACUGUGUGCAGAUAAUAAUCACACCUGAGACCAUCUCUUAGAUACUUCCUGGCUUUGCUGAUUCAGUUGCCUUCAGCUGCUUUGGUUUUUGUUGCCCUAAGUUACCAUAAGCUUUUAACUGAGGUGUACUGCAUCCACUACACCACUGCUGAAGGGAUAAGCCUGAUUUUAAUGGUAGAACUUUCCCAUCCCCUUCUGACCAAUGUGCACUGCAGAUUACAGUAAGUGAAGCUGCUUUUGUCACUGCUUUGGGAGAACACAUGGCUAGUCACUGGGCUCUCACCAGCCUUUAAAUGGUGUUUUAGGUAAGAGCACAAAGAGCAGCAUGUCUUUUGGUGCAGUAGUAUGUGGCCACUGCGAAGACUGGUCCUGUAAAGCACAGGAACUACUGAUCUAGGUGUGGUUCUGCGUGCUGUGCAGAUUCUUCUCAGCAUAAAGCCUUCAGGUCUGUUCCUAGAACUUUAGUCACAGGCCACAUCUAAUGCUAAAUCUGAGCAGCUGUGUAUCUUCAGCCCCCUGGAAAAGUGGUGGAGGAACACAAGGUCACAUAGCUACUGGUAAAUAGGGAAAGACUUAUGUGACUAGUAGGCAAAAGGUAACAUUCUUUCAGUGGCCACUCUCCAGUUCAGCAAUGGAAAAUGCAUGUAUGUAGAGGUGAAUGAAAUUACUCUUGUACUGCAAGUAGUGUGUGCUCUCAUUUUGUUUCAUGUUAGAAAUUUGGUAGACUUACAGGUUUCAGUGUUCAUAUCAUUAACCUGUCCAGCUCUUUGGAUUUGGAUGCAGUCCUUCAGAGCAUUUCCUCUGAAAUGGGGAAAAAGAUGGUGGUAAUCCUAAUUUCUGUGUUAGUGGAGAACAGGGUUAGUGGAAUAGUCUCUUAAUAUGUCCUAAAUUAUUACUCUUUGUCUCCUGCUGCCCACAGCCUGCAAUGUGCAGAGUUACAGUAGUGAAUAUAGCUGACAUGCCUUUUGGGGCACAGUGGAAAUAAAAGAGGAGGAGAAAUGACUAUUAAUUAUUUAAGUAAGUGCAUUGUCCUCUACUUCUUUGAGGCCACCUUUUAAAAAGUAAGUAAACUAUAAUUCAGACUUAUGGAUUCUCCUUAGUGUGUUGAUAGGCUCACAGGUUGGUGGUUGUUUCGUUUUUAAAUGAAUGUCAAGGUCUCAGUCAGAAAUAAGCUGCAUGCUUUUCUCCAUUGCUGUAAAUAGACAUGCUGGCCAAAUUCAUCCCAGGUAUCACACCACUGGAGAGUAUAGAUUUAUAUCAAGGUUGAACUUGGCUCAGAAGUCUCCACUCACUAAAAGCUGUUGUCUCAUUAUAUACAUUUAUAGUUUACAUUCAUAUUUAUACAUCCUGAAUUAAAAUCACUAAUAUUCACUGAGUACACUUGAAAAUGGUUUUGUUUUUAGAAACCACAGUAUGUGAAGCUUGUUUGUAUUCAAAGGGUAUGUUAAUCACUUGCAGUCUUUCUUUAUGGCAGCCUAAUCUGCUCUCUAGGGUUUGCAUCCUGGUCUUUUGUUCUUACAGCUGCCUGUGCAAUGCAAGGCAAAUACUGCUCUGUACAGAGUUUCUGGAUGUGGCAUGGUUUGUAUUAGAUGAUGUGAAUGACACUUCUUUACAAAGUGGUGAGAUGAUGAAGGAAUAGAUCACAGGCAAAAGUAAUUCAUGUGGUUGUACUAGUCUGUAAAGCACUGUUAAGUGCUGAGGAUGGUAUAGACUGAGUAAAAGAAUUAGCAGCUACUUGCCUUGGUUCAGGCCUUGAUGAGCAGUGUGAGUUCUGCAAUAUGUGGAGCUCUGGUUUAUCACACAUUGCUUGUGGUGUCUAACCAAAACCUAUGUGAUUGUGGAUUGAAAUGUUGUAAUGUUGUACCUUUUAAUGUUCCUGUAAUAAAGUUUAACUGUAAGACACUUUAAACCUUCACACAAAA